AUGCUGUGUAUUGGGUGUGCCGGCACCCACCGGGCCAUCGGUGUGCAUCUCUCGUUUGUUCGCUCGUCUACUCUCGACAAGUGGAAGCCGCAUCAGCUGCAUCGGGUGGUGCUGGGGGGGAAUGCCGCCGCUGAUGCCGCCCUGGCCUCGGUCCGCGCCCUCCCGCCGGUCACCCGCUACGCGUCGCCGGUGGCACAGGCCUAUGCCAAGAGCCUGACCGAGCGAGUCGAGGCCGAGCUCGGUGCAAAGCCGGCCGAGCUCGGCUCGGCCAUGUCGCCGGCGCAGUCGGCGGCCUUCCACGCCCGCUUUGCUAACGCCACCGCCAUCUCGUCGGCAGACAUCAACGGCGAUCCUCAGCCGUCGUCGUCGAACGGCUGUGCUUGCUGCGUGGUGAUGUGA